UCAGGAAGAAAACACUAUCCAAACCCUGUGCAUUGACAUCCUGCAAUGUCUGGACAACCUCAGUCACUGGAAUGACCCAAGUGCUAUGGCCAAGGCUUCUAGAAUAUGUGGUGCCAGCUGAGUACACUGGCACUUUGAAGCCUCUCUGCAGAUGCCUUAGGGAACUGGUUGAGAAAAAGCAGCAGGAAGGAGAAGAAGCUGCUUGCCUCGACUACGGUGGAGCAGUGAAACUCCCUACACCCCAGGGGCUGCUGGCACGACUCCUGGAAACACAGAGAAUUCCCUGGACUGUGUGCGGUGGGAGCACAUGCUGCUUCAGUUCCUAGGAACAUCUCUGGAGAUGAUAGACGACAGUGCCUGGAGCAGGCAGAUAAGCCUUGAGUUGAGCCAGCAGAUGGCCAGCUAUCCCAGCCCCUCCCAUGAGAAGGUUUGUUCUCUGUUAAGACUUAGUUUCUAGUUAAUUUCCCUUGAAAUUCU